GUGAACAAACUUUUUCCUCCCUGUAACUUCAGUGAUUGGAGUUCGUCGACACUCGCAAGCGCUAAAGGGACAUUCCUAUUAUUCUCGUUCAAGGAGUAUUUCAGCUGUUAAAGAUGAAAUGAUCGUUUGUUUUCGAAAGUGGAGGCUGGCAGAGAGUUGGGGCUGUGCGUUAUGCUGAAGCCUGCCUGUAUUUCAGCACACCAGGAUGAGCACUACAGAUGGAGCUGGGGCCUCUGAACAGGAAGAAGAGGCUCGAGUUGUGCAGAUCUACCCCAGGCUGUCCCAGGAAUCAGUUACCUACUGUCCCUUGCAGGUCAGUGAAGGGGACACGGCACGGACGGUAAUCCACAAUGCCGUGAUCACUCUGGGCCUGGAUGCCAGCCAGAGGUACAGCCUGCUGGAGGUGAGGGAGAGCGAUGGAGAGGAGAGGUUACUGGAAGCUGGAGACUCCCUUUUGGAGCGAGUUCUGCUGUGGCCACCAGAGACGCAAAGGUGGCACCCUAAGACUAAAGGAUACUACUUCAUCCUGCAGCAGCAAGCUAACAAUGGAGGCAGCCAAGCAGCAGACAGCACAGAGGAAUAUGAUGAUCUCUGUAACCUCCAAACUGUGACUGAGGAGAAUAUUCUGGAGGCUUUACGCCAACGUUUCUACAAGCUCAAAAUCUACACCUAUGCCAACAAAAUCCUCAUCGCCGUAAACCCCAAUAAGUUCCUCCCUGUUUACUACAACCCCAAGUAUGUCAAGAUGUACGAGAACCAACCACUGGGCAAGCUGAGCCCUCAUAUCUUUGCCAUAGCAGAUGUGGCAUUCCGAGCCAUGCUGAACAGGCAGGUUAACCAGUGCAUUGUGAUAUCUGGAGAGAGUGGCUCAGGGAGGACUGAGAGCAGCAGUUAUCUUAUUCAUUGCCUGACUGCCCUCAGUCAGAAGACGUACUCCAGUGGGCUCAAACGGACAAUCCUUGGGGCUGGACCAGUGCUGGAGGCCUUUGGCAACGCUAAGACUGCAGGGAAUAACAACUCAAGUCGCUUUGGGAAGUUCAUCCAGCUCAACUAUCUGGAGAGUGGCGUCCUCAGAGGGGCGGUUGUUGAGAAGUACCUGCUGGAAAAGUGCAGAGUGGUGUCCAGAGAUAAGAAUGAGAGGAACUACCACGUGUUCUACUAUCUGCUCAUGGGAGCAUCCAAAGACGAGCAGGAGGAGUUUCACCUACUACAGCCGCAGGAUUAUCUCUACCUCAAGCAGGAAGACCUCUCUUUGGAUGAUGAGGAGAAACUCAAGCAGGAGUACAAGAGGCUUCAUCAAGCCAUGGAGAUGGUUGGCUUCCUGUCCACCACCAAGAAAUACAUAUUUUCCAUCCUCUCUGCGAUUCUUCACCUGGGCAAUGUGACCUACACGAUAUCAGAGGAUACUGAAGUCCUGGAAGUCGGACCUGAUGAAGUUUUGUCCAUGCUGUCAGACCUUCUUAAAGUUAAAAAGGAGCAUCUGGUGAAGGCUUUGACCAAGAGGAGAGUAGAUUUGGUCAACGCCACUGUAGUUUCACAGUACACACUACAAGAGGCCUACAGUAUGCGGGACUCCAUGGCCAAGUCUCUUUACAGUGCUCUGUUUGACUGGAUCAUCCUUCACAUCAACCAUGCAGUGCUUAACAGACGAGACAUGGAAGAGUCGGUUUCUUGUCUGUCCAUCGGUGUCCUGGAUAUGUUUGGGUUUGAGAACCUCCACGUAAACAGCUUUGAGCAGCUUUGCAUCAACUACACCAAUGAGAAAAUUCAGUACUACACCAACCAGCACAUCUUCAAGCUUGAACAAGAAGGCUAUGUGUCAGAGGGCAUCACCUGGGAAAACAUCAACUGCUCUGACAACAGUGGCUGCAUUCAGCUAAUCAGCGAAAAGUCAAGCGGACUCUUUGACCUGCUGGAUGAGGAGAGCAGCCUCCCUCAGGCCACUGAUGAAACCCUGUUGGACAAGUUGAAGCAGCAGCAUCAGGACAACCCAUUCUUCAUUGAGUCUUCAAAUACAGAGUCGACUUUUGUCAUUCAGCACUUUGCUGGCCCGGUCAAAUAUCACACCAAGGAUUUCAGGGAGAGAAACACAGAGCACAUGCGUCCCGAAGUCAUAACACUUCUGCGGAGCAGUGAGCGGGCAUUCCUGCAUCACUUGGUUGCGUCGAGUCCAGAGGCGCUGUUCAGAUGGGGAGUCCUCAGAGCCAUCAUUCGUAUCCUCUCAGUGUUCAAGAGCAUGGGACGCAAGCGGGCUGAGCUGAUGUUGAGCAGACAGACGUCCAGAAUAUCCCUCAAAGACAUGAAACAGCAGAGCAGUCCGAUGGACAGGCUGUCCAGCAACAGCCUGACUCUGGAUUUCUCCUUUGAUCGCUCUGAUGAGCUGCCUCUUGAUGUUUUUGAGGACAUCUUUGCAAAUUUUGAAAAGAAGAAGAAAAGUCGAAGUGGUCGGCAGAAGCAACUCAUUCCAAAGAACCUCAUGAAUUUCAACUCAAUCCAACAUAUCGUCGGCCUGAUUGCACAUGACCGGACCAGUAAAGUCUUCCACCCUCACAGGACGACAAAACCGCCCACUGUCAGCACUCAGUUCCAGGCUUCCCUCCAAAAACUGAUGACAACGAUCAAAAAAGCAGAGCCAUUCUUUAUUUUCUGUCUCCGCUCCAACACUGAGAAGAAGGAGCUUCACUUUGAUGAUAAGGUUGUGCUGCGGCAAAUCAAGUACACAGGCAUACUGCAGACAGUUAAGAUCCAGAAGUCUGGCUACAGUGCCAAAUACACUUUUAAGGAGUUUGUUGAAAAGUUCAGAGUGUUGUUGCCAAAAGGAGUCACUGCUACACCAGAGCACAUAACAGAACUUCUUGUUAGGAUGGAGCUGGAUAAAAACACCUAUCAGAUAGGAAAAACACAGGUUUUCCUGAAGGAGAAGGAGAAACAGCUGCUACAAGAUGCACUAAACAAAGAAGUGAUGCGUCGGAUCAUCAUCCUGCAGCGCUGGUUCCGAGCCUGUCUGAUGAGGUUACACUUUCUGCAAAAGAGAGAUGCCACCAUGAUCAUACAGAGGAGCUGGCGUGAGUUUUAUGAGAAGCACAACAAAGCUGCCACAGUGAUCCAGACUGCAUGGAGGAGCUCCCUUAAGAAGUCAAAGCACCCACAUGAGAAUGAGGCUGACAAGCAGACGUGUAGAGCACGGCCUGGACGAGACAACGUGGCCAAAAAAGAGUUGAAGAGACAGAGUAAAGUGGAGCUCAGCCCCAGCAGAAUCCAGCAGUCCGACCCGGUCAACGGCCAGUCUGCACAGAGAGACGGGAUCAGGGAGAAACGAGAGGGCAGAGGCUCCCCUCCCCUUCUGAACAGACCCCUUUCCCUCCCGCUGGACCCCAAAGUUGGCAGUGAUGACCCGUCCACCAGCCCGUCUAAGUCCAGCUCGCUGCAGCGCUACACAGACAUGGGGGGCAUCAAGGAGAAAGCCGAAAGGUGGCGGGAAAAACAGAGCGAUGAGUCAAGUCCAGAAAUACAUCGACGAGACAACACCAAAGAAGGAUUUCAGGGCAUAAAGUCCAGGUCUGUUGAUGAACUUUCAAAGAUCAGCUCGUCAGGCUCUGACAGCUCCCCCUCCAAUAGUGAGAGGACAGCAGCAGAGCCCGAUGGGUCAAGGUUCAGUCUUCCACUCAGAAGCGGCAAUGAUGACUCGGGGCAACAGGAAUCGAACCAGUCACCACUCACAACGCCUGAGAGGAUUUGGUUUCUUGGCAGAUUCCUAAAGAAGCGUGGGCCCAAGUUUUCCCCCAGCAGUGAACCUCCAUCAGACAAAAACCCAAUCACAUUGGCCAGCUACACUCCUCAUCCCUACCACAUGCCCAAACAGGACAAUGACAGGGUGAGCCGAAACCCAACCAUUCGAAUAAGCAGGGCCACACGGGUGAUGCAGUGGAACGUGUCUCUGGACCGCGAGAUCACCACCACCAAAGAGCUUCGAAACCUGGAUGAAUUUCUGGGAAAUCAGGUGAAUGAGCUGAGAUCAAGAAUCAAAGAGUUGUCACCGACAGAGAGCAUCUUCCUCACAGCCACCAUGCAGUUCAGAGAGACCAUCAAAGGCAUGUACUCUGUCCAGAAGCCCAAAAUUGGCUACAAAGAUCUGAUGAAGGGCUACCACAACAAAGUGAACACACUGGCAGGGUCCAAGCAGAAGUCUGAAGUGUCGCUGGUAGUCAACUUGUUUCAGUCUGUGCUCGACGGUUUCAUCAGGGGCCAGCUCAAACGAGCCGAGUCUGAGCCAACUAAGACAACAAAGACUGGGAAAAAAAGAAGGAAAAAGGACAAAUGUCCCAACAGUCCUUUGGAUCACCUGUUCAGCACUUACCAAGUCAACAUUAUGCAGUCAUGUGACCUGUGUGGUUCCUACAUCUGGGGGAUGGAGAAAGCCUACAUGUGUAGUGCUUGCAAGUUAAUAUGUCACAAGAAAUGUCUGAGCAAAAUUAUCACAGACUGCUCAACACGAUGUGCCAGACAGGAUGACAGCAUACCAGGCUCGCUUCACUUCGGGGUGCAGGUGUGCGUCCUCACUAGUAAAGCCAACCCUGUCCCCAAGGUGGUGGAGCUGCUGCUGAUGCAUGUGGAGCUGAAUGGCCUCUAUACGGAGGGCAUUUACCGUAAAUCAGGCUCAGCUUGCCGAGCCAGGGAGCUCCACCAGAUUCUGCAGACAAGUCCUGAUACGGCAAGUUUAGAAAACUACCCAAUCCACACCAUCACAGGUUUGGUUAAACGUUGGCUAAGAGAGCUGCCAGACCCCCUCAUGACCUUCUCCCUCUACAACGACUUUCUACAUGCAGUGGAGUUUCCUGAGAAAUCUGAGAGGAUAAGAGCCGUUUAUCAAAAGGUUGAUGAACUUCCUCCUGCUAAUUAUAACACGUUAGAGCGACUCAUCUUUCACCUUGUCAGGGUUGCAAAGGAGGAAGAGCACAACAAGAUGUCUCCCAGCUCUCUUGCUAUUGUGUUCGCUCCCUGCAUCCUUCGUUCACCUCUCACUGACGACCCUUUCCUCGGUAUGAAGGAUGUAGCCAAGACAACAACCUGUGUAGAGAUCUUGAUCUCUGAGCAAUUCAGACGCUACAACGAGAAGAUGCAGAAUAUCCAGGAGUUGGAAUACGCAGAGGCUCUGGCUGUCAACCAGCUCAGACUGAGGAGACAGAACACGAUUGUUGAGAAGCCAUCACAGCUGGAUAAUCCGGACCCAAUACCUCCAGACGAAACAGAGAGGACCCUUAUUGAUAGGAUCCGGUCCAUUAAGCAGGAAAAGGUGGACUUAGCAUGCAGGUUACCUGAUCUAGAACAGGACAACUCUGACAAUGACAACCUGGACUCUUCAUCGUCAAUAAGCACAGAGAGUCUGGAUCACCUGGACAGUCUGGACUCGGAAGGAAAAGCAGCCAUGAGAUUGAAAACCCAGAAACCGGACUGCCCACCCAAACCUCCUGACCUGGCAAGGAGAGUCAGGACUCUUAUGGCUCAGUCAGAUGAUGAACACCGAGAGUUCACACCAGGACAAAAAACAGAUGACAGCCAACCCAUGUGUUUCCUGCCUAGCAAUGACAGCCCCUCCCCACCAGACAAGCCACUCAACACCAGAAAGACCAUUAGCGGGAGCUUUGAUAAUCUGGAUAUCCCUUACAUUGAUGAGGACGAAGAUUUAACAUGAGCGUCAGACAAGUUCUAAUUAUUGAAUAUUCUCAAGCAUGUGUUAAAAGACUCUUUAUGUCAAAAAAGAGAAACUGUGCACUUUGUUUUAUGGACUUUCCCAUGUGUCAAUGCUGCUAUGGAAACAAAGUGCUUGAGAAUGUAUUUGUAUUUAAUGGGAGAUCGUACAGACUGUCCCUUCUGGGUGUUCACAGCAGAUCUGGACCCGAGAGCAAGGACAACUCAGCAUCUUUUAUCAAGCCAUGAUACUAUGUGUGAUUUUAAUCAAUCUUAGAACAUGUUUUAUUAUGGGGAGGUGUUUUCAACCAAUGUAGACAAAAACAGGACUACAUGAUGAGGGGCAAUCGAGGACAGAAGCACCUCUUCGACUAGAGGACUUUAUUCUAAGCUGAACCAAUGUGGUAUUCAUGGGAGAGUUUGGUGUUUUGCAGGAGUAAAAAACAAAACAUUACCAAGUGUACCAUAAAAUGAUAAUCAUGGCGAUCCUCCAUUGUACAGAACAACUUUAAUGUUGUGCUCUUAUUGAGUGCAUUUUAUGUCUUUAAAAUGUUUCUCUGCUUUUGAUUCCUGUGGCACAAAUCACUGCUGUGACUGACUGUUAAUUCAGAUCACCUGUAAACACAAUGCUCAUAAUGCUGCCUUUAAGACUGACUGAAAAAAAUCUCCUGUCACUUUUUUAUGGUACUGAAAGGCAGUACACUUUCACCAAGUAAACAUUUAGUUUUUCUGUGCAUGUCUGUACAUUUAUAAGGGCUAAGAAUAAUGCUUAUUUUGGUGAAUAUUCUCAAAGUUUGGUUGCCCCAAACUGAAAUAAACUGACCAUUUUCAAAUGUCUCUUACUGUAAUACAAAUAACAUUUUAUAUGAAAAUUUACGAUAAAAUAAGGUGCAUUUGACAGCAGCAAGUCUCUUAAUAGUAUAUUCUGGUCAAAGUUUUGCUUAAAAAUUAGUUAAAAUGCACAAAAGAUGGAAGUGUGAUUAUCAGACAUCUUAAAAAGAUAUUCUAAAGCCCCAUCACAUCAAAAGGAGCCAGCUGAUGUGGUUCAGGCAUUUGACUGGGGUUUUUCCUUGUUGCUCCCUGAGGAGGUCUUCCUGGGAGGAGACCCCAGGGUACACCCAGGACAUGCUUGAGGGAUUGUAUAUCCAAUCUGGCCUUGGAACGCCUUGAAUCUCCCAAGAGGAGCUGGAAAACAUUGCUGGGAAGGGAGAUUAAUGGGGUUGACUUGAGAAACUGCUGCCAUUGUGACUCAGUGGAAGAAGAUGGAUGUCUGGAGAUCAUUUUAAAUGAUUUUAAAGGUUUACUUUUUUAGCUUUUUGCCUUUAUUUUGAAAGGACUGGACAAUGGACUGUGUAGGAAACCAGGGAAUGAUAUGCUGGAAAGGAGCCACAUGUCUGAUUUGAGCCUGUGGGGGUUGUUUAGAAGUCCAGCUUCUGUGCAUGGAGCAUGAUUUAAGCCCAUAUGUGCCCCCAUGUACAAUGAGAUUAAAUACACUUGUUGCAUGAUAUGUUAGGCCCUCCUCACACACAAUGACCUUUGAGUCAAUUUCAGAUAUCACUAAACUGUAAACAUGAGGAAAACAUGUCAAAAUCAGCCAGAGCUGCUACCACAACAGCAUGCCAGAAGGCCUAAUGCAUUGGAACAUGGCAAACAAAAAUAUUUCUGUUAUUUUUUUUUUAAUUUCUGAUAUAUUUUUCAAACUCUUCAAUAAAUUAGUGUCUAUAAUUAACUGUAGUUUAAUUGUAAAACUUUCUUUAGUGAACAUCAAAUACUCUGUGCAUCACACUAAAUCUUAAAUUGGCUUUUAUUCUGUUAGCUCAUGGAAUUUUGGGAUGCACGAUCAUAUCAGCAAGAUAUUGAUAUCGGCAGAUAUUAGCUUGUAAAAUCUGAAUAUCGGCAUCAGCAGUUAUGAAAAUUUCUGUUGAUAUUUACAACCGAUAUAUUGGCCAUACAUGUCUGCAGUAUUGUAGCCUUAAAUAUAAGAACACAGAUGUACCAUCAGAUAUAGGUGAUAGUACACACUCAAGGAGGCCCAUAGUGGGCUGUGAACAUUUUGAAUGAAGCCACAGAUGUCACAGCAACCAGACUGGCUCCUCUCUUAUCUCCUUUUGGCUCGUCUCUUUGCUCCUUACAAUAAAAAAGCAUGUAUUUAUCAGUAUCAAUAUCAGCUCAAAUCAGCUCAGAAAUACUGGUUAACAAUUAUUGACAAAAAUCCAAUAUUGUGCAAUUCUAAUAAAAUCACACAUUUUUUUUAAAUUUUGGUUUAAAAAUGUUUAUUUUAAACUACUAACACUAGUGUGAGCUAUAUGUUUGCUCCUCUCAUUUAAGUGUCCAACAAUAUGUAACAGUUUAAGCAUCUGGCAGCGAGAAUAAAAUUGUUGUAGCCUUGAGUGUAACCAAAAUUGCCCAUACCUUAUGUAAUAUCAACGAGGGCUAUAUUUUUGAUUUUUUUUACUAUUUUCUGUAAAAUUACUUCCGAUUGAAAUAUUUUGAUUUAUAUUCUAAUUAAGGAAAACUUUAAGUUGCAAAUUUAAAGUAUUUAAAGUGAGCCCAACAUAUGGAGAUAUAUUGACUUUAUUGGAGUAACAUCUGUGUCUUAAAAUGUGUAUAUUGUAUAAAGAAAUUAAACUUUUAUCCAAUGAUCACA